AUGAGUGGCGAAAAAAUACCUCUAACUGGAUCGAAUACAAAUAAUAGCUUUUAUACUGGUAAAGAAGUAUCGACUGGAGAAGUUGGUACAAGUAGAAUAUCGCGUCGUGUCCUACAUGGUUUGACAAUAAUCCCUGUUUUGGUUGCAUGUGGUUGUACAAUAUAUGGAGCAGCUCAAACUCAAUCAGCAGUUGUUGCAUUACCAUUUAUUAUCGUAUUAAUUUGGUUUUUUAUACAUUUCCUUCUUUUAUAUUUUAUACAAAAGGACCACCAUAAUUUUCAUCCACCAGCAUGGUUUAUGUUCGUUUCAAGCGGACAUAUUUUUAUACAAUCAUUUAUUGUUAUUAUUUUAACACUUGUUAAAAAACAAACUUGA